AUGGUGCAGCAUCAACUGUUUAUGGCUUGCUUGUCAAAGAUUCUCGGGAGCAUUUCCAAAAGUGUUCUCACCGUCUUUCUUCUUAGCCACGCUACCUCAUCACAUCCCUUUACGGCUGGGGAUAGCCUAGGCGCCGUAUCGAGUGAGAGCAGGAUAUGUAGUGAGAUUGGUAUCGGGAUUUUAGAAAGAGGCGGAAAUGCUGCUGAUGCUCUUGUCGGGACGACGUUAUGUGUUGGGGUGAUUGGCAUGCAACAUAGUGGGAUUGGUGGAGGUGGAUUCAUGCUUGUACGCGAUUCGGAUGGGAAAUACGAGUCGAUAGAUUUCAGGGAAACGGCUCCUGCAACGGCUUUUACCGAUAUGUACAAAGAUGACCCGAUGGCAAGUGUGUUCAGUGGACUUGCAAGUGCUGUACCAGGGGACCUGCGGGGACUCGAGUACCUUCACAACAAAUACGGGGUACUACCGUGGAGAGCAGUUUGCAAUCCAGCGGUUUAUGUUGCUCGACAUGGAUUUCCAGUAUCGGAGGAUUUAGUACGCUAUAUGGCUGCUGCAACAGAAGGUGGAAACAACUUCUUGACUGACGACCCCCAAUGGGCUAUGGACUUUGCUCCAAAUGGAACACUCCUUGGUCUAGGUGAUAUCCUAACAAGAAAGAGAUACGCAAACACACUCGAGACAAUAGCCGAACACGGCGCAGACGCAUUCUACACAGGAGAGAUAGCAAACCACACCAUUAACGCUCUCCGCGCCUCAAACGGCACCAUGACCCUUGAAGACCUCUCAUCCUACAGCGUCUCCAUCCGCGAACCCGUCAGCAUAGUCUAUAAAGGCUAUAACCUGACCUCCUGUGGAGUCCCCAGCGGCGGUUCUGUCGCCCUCAGCAUCCUCAAAAUCAUGGAAGGCUACGGCAACUCCUCUCCCGAUGACCUAGAUCUGAACACACACCGCAUCAACGAAGCGAUGCGCUUCUCCUACGCUGCGCGAGGCGAACUGGGAGAUCCCGAUUUCUUUGAUUACAUGACGGGUUUCGAAGCCGAUAUGCUGACGCCGAAGACCGCGGCGAAGAUUCGUAGCAGGAUUGAUGACGAGAGGACGAAGAACGUCACGGAUUAUAGUAUGAAGGGGGAGGGUGAGGCGUAUGAAGGGCCGGAGAACCACGGGACGAGCCAUAUUGUUACCGUUGAUGGGUCAGGGCUGACGAUUACGCUUACGUCGACUGUGAACUUGCUCUUUGGAUCGCAGCUUGUUGUGCCGGAGACCGGCGUCAUAAUGAACAACGAGAUGAAUGACUUCUCAAUCCCUGGCGUUCCGAACGCCUUUGGCUUCGUCCCCUCCCCGAUAAACUACAUCUCGCCGCUGAAGCGGCCCCUCUCCUCCAUCAGCCCCAUAAUCGCCACCCACCCGAACGGCACGCUCUACAUCUCCAUCGGCGCCGCCGGCGGCUCCCGCAUCAUCACCGCCACCACCCUCGCCCUGUGGCACGUCCUGGACCACGGCAUGACGCUGCCGCAAGCGCUCGCCGCCCCGCGCCUGCACGACCAGCUGAUGCCGGCCACCACGACGCUCGAGCCCGGCUUCGACAGCGAGGUUGAGAGCGGGCUGCGGGCGAGGGGCCACAACGUGACCUGCGUGCCGAACGGGUAUUCCUCGGUGCAGGGCGUCCGGCGGCUGUGGAAUGGGACGCUGGAGGCGGCGAGUGAGCCAAGGCAGGUGAAUAGUGCGGGAUUGGCGGUAUAG